AUGGAGAGCUUGGGAACGGGCGAUCUUCUCGCCCACGGUCCACCGCCGGAUGCGUCCCAGACUUCAACCCUCGAAUCCCCAACGGAGCCUCUAUCAGCGCAGUCACACAGUCUUUCUCGCUCCUCAUCGCUCUCACGGAAUAAACAAUCAUCUCUACCAAAGUCCAAUCCUGCAACACGACAUGCCAAACGCUUGACCUUGAACCUCCCCAUCCAUUUCCCUCUGAAUCAGUCCCCAGCCGCAAACCCCGAUAGCGCUGUUGCGUCGCCGGGAUCCAUGACCCCCGUCACACAGUCGUCAACCCGCCCGUCUACCGGGCUCCCCCCUCUCCCCACUGGGACCCCCAUCCCAUUCGAUCUUCAAGAUGAUGGCUACGAUUUUCUGCAUGCCAUCGCUUGUCAGGAACGGAAGGUGAUGGAGCUCCGCGAGGAGCUCCAGCAGGCGGAGGCCGACCUGUCAACCAUUAAGAAACAAUGGGCGCUGUCGGAGAAGUCAAGGAAACGUACAGAGAUCAGUCAUCAUGCUGAACCCUUGCUUCCACUUCGUUCUCCCGAUCCGAGUGGGGUAGAGGUCUCGAGUCCAAGCUCGCACCGUCGGGAACAAAGCUUGAGUUCCGUCGCUAGCUCGGCCAUAUCUCAAGAGCGACUCAGCCGGGAGCUGGAUAGGCGGAAUAGUAUACGUGCCCCUCCUACAGUACCUACUGGCACAACCAUAUCGUCCAAUGGUCGGCGCGUCUUCCAAGGCUCUCAUGCACGCACAUUAUCCCUUCUUUCCCCUGUCACUGCCUCCUCUGGUCUGAGUCCCGGUUUGCCAGAUCCUGAACGUGUGGGUCGCACACCGCGGUCAGCUACUCUACCAUCGGUCGAACGUCUCACUACUGGCCCGAGCAUGGUAGCACCAAUCGACGAGAGUCAGGUGCCGGAACACCUGCUUGCACAGUGGCGGAAGACCCUGCCUCCACCAUCUCGGGAGGCGCUUAUGCGGACUGGCAAACAAAUGGCUUCGGAUCUGCGUGAGGGCCUGUGGACCUUUCUGGAGGAUAUUCGACAAGCUACAGUGGGCGAGGAAGGUAUAAACGGAACCGAAUCCCGAACGAUGUCAUCGCCGAAUUCGCUAGCGCCACCGAACACGCGGAAACGAGAUUCGCUAGCCAAAUCACGGAGCCGAGAGCGGCUGUCAGUUGCGGGGGACAAGUCACGAUCAUCAUCGUCUUCGUCGCGGGGUAGGGGACCAGCGGCUGAGCCAACAUCCGGUAAAGACUCCAAGCCGGCGGAUAUCGCCUCUUCGUUCUGGCAUGAAUUUGGCGUUGAUUCACCAGCGCAGAAGGCCCCCGGCGCUCGUCGCAGCCCAUCCGACAACAAAACCGGCACCACGACCCCGCAGGGCGAGAAAGAAACCGAGCGCCUCGGUCGCCACUCCGGCAGUCCAGUCAACGUGGAGGAUGAUACGGCCGAUAAUUGGGAUGUCUGGGAAUCCCCACUAUCCGUGAAGAAAGUGGCACAUACACCCUCAUCUAGUCGGUCGACGGUCGAGUCGAAGCCUGACCAGUCACCCACAACGCAGGGUAGUAGUCCACGAACGAGUGCAAGCUUUGGCGAGUGGAAUCCCAAUUCCGCCGCUCCUGAUCCCAUUGUCACCGAAGGUAUCCCCUGGCCUGUCAUCACCAAGCUGGCACCCUCCAAACUUCAGCGCACUGCCUCGAAUCUGAUGGCUGAGUGGGAGCGCAGUCUUUCGCCGUCCCCGGAACGAAAGGACUCCGGCAAAAGUAGCAAGAAGGACUGA